AUGCCUCCUCAAGACAUUGAAGGCCAGUUUAAGUUUCUCCUGUGCUGUGUCAAGCACUCCUCGGCCGGCAAGGUCAACUUUGAUGCUGUCGCGACCGAGCUAGACAUCGUGAGCAAAGCUGCUGCGGCCAAACGGUACGAGCGCCUUCUGAAAGCGCACAAUAUCACGAUCGCCACUCCCCGCAAGGGAGCCGGCAGCAACAACGACGGCGACGCCGAUACUCCCGCCCCACGGAAGCGGAAGCGCGCUACUGCGACCAAGCGCGAGAACGGUGUCACCAACAAUGACUCAUCCGAGGAAGGCACACCGGUCAAGAAGGAGCGCCGCGCCGCCGUCAAGAAGGAACGCGGUAUCAAAAAGGAGGAGUCAGUCGACGAUGAGGACGACGUCGUCAAGACCGAGCACGUCGAGGACCCCGAGGAGACCGAAGAGGAGUUCAUCUCUGAGUAG